AUGCAAGAGUAUGGUGGGGGCGUGUCGAGCAAGUCGGGGGAGUAUCGGGACGGCGGGCCCGAUGGAGCGCGCGAGCGGGGCCUGCCCCACCAGGCCGACGGCUUCCAGCCCCAGCAUCAAUAUGCCGUGAUGCAGCAAAAGAACUAUGGAUGUUCCAGUAAAGAUUUGUCCGACCAAAACAUGGCGACUUACUGCCGCGUGGCGACUGGGAUUUACGAAGCCACCGCGUCCAGCCAACAGUACCAGAACCCAAGAUAUAACAAUCCAUCGGCCCCGACUUUUAGUUCACCGCCUAAUUCCCCUCUCGUUGGCCUUGUUUUUGAUCCAUCUUCACCCAACUACAGCGGCCCUGGAAUGAUAGGAGACAGAACCGUCAGCGCUGAUAGACGAUCCCAAAGCUCGUGGUCCAUCUCCAAUCAAGAACCGAUCGGCACGGGAGCAAAGAAGAAAAUAGUGAAAAGUCAAGAUAAACGCAACGCAUAUAGUGCUGACCCUCGAUAUCAUGAGAGAUACAAGGACAACAGCACCGAAGUAGACCGUCAACGUAAGGACAGGAACUUGACUUCGGAAUCCACUUCUAGCCUCGACUUCUUUGUCGAAGGAGAGAGAAUGGUGUCGGAAUUGUGCAACAUACCCGAUUCGCGGACUGAUUCCAACAAUCAAAAGCAAAAUCAAAAUCAGAAACCAACCAAUCAGGACGAAGACAAGAAUAAACCUUCCGUUUCUUCGGAAGUGUUGCUUACGGCACUUGACAAGAUUGUUAUACAUGAUCAAAUACCCAAUCAAAUCGUUCAACUGGCUGUGGAGGCUUGCACUGAUGCUGAAAAUAUUGCAAUCGCUCACCACAACAGACCUUGUUUUAAGAAUAUACACUCAAUUUGUGCUAAAACUAGAUCCAACGUACAAAAACCCGAUAGUGCAGUUGCUAAUCUGCAUUCACAAGGCAUACCAUGGGUAAUUAAAAACUUUAUUUUCUCUUUUGUAAGAAUUUUAGAUGGCUGGAAGGGUGUUAAAGAGCUGCUCAGUGAGAAACACGACACGUUUUCAAGAAUCGAAAAUAAAUAUUACAGUCCUAAUAUAAGAGAAUGCUUUGUACAAUGGCAGGCGGUGACCAAAGAAAUGUUGACUCAUAUUUAUAAAACAUUUAAAUGCCUUGAUCACGGCUUUACUAUGGAACAGAAAAGUUUUACUCAUAAUUAUUACGCCACCAAUUCGGCUGCGCCGAGGAACCAAAAUCAGAACAAAUUCCAGCCAUCCAAACCGCACGCCAGCACUCCGCGGCCUGUCAAUGCUUCUCCGCAGCCAUUCAACGCAGUUCAACCUCCUUGGGUGCAGAACCAAAGUCAAGCAGCUUCUCAAAGCUUUAAUGAAGGUCCAUGGCCAGCACGAUCAGGAGUGGCGUACAAAAAGUAUCCUGUAGUACCGCCACCGAAUUCGCAUAAUUUCUACCCUUUAAGCGACCAAACUGAUAUGGACAGCUACCAGAAAGCGCAAUACAAAUGUGAUCCUUGCAGCGUCCGUGAAGCGAAGCCUCGCCAAUCGUGGACGAUCACUAAUGUUCCAGAUUUUCGCGCUCUCGAAGGUAUGUGUCACGCGGAACAGCGUGAAUUAUAUACCCAAUUGAAACAUAAGAUGGAUGCGGAGCUCGGCAAAGCUCCUGGACAACCGCUUCUAGGAAAUAUGCCCUGCGAUUUAUUGCAACGCAGAGACAUGGAACUGAAAGCAAAAAUGAUACCUUUAAGCCAUGUGGAAAAAACAUUGAUACCAAGCAUGGCGGCAGCAGCCGAGAUGAGAGGCUGCUACGUACAGAAAAACAAUAGUUGUGGCGAUACAAAAGAAGAGGCCGAUUUUUUUGCGGCAUGGGGUCAGAUGGUCCAAAAAGAACCUAGCGAUUUUAUAACUCAUCACACUCACAACAUUCAAAUCCCAUCAAAUGUUGUGACGAUUUCAAACAAUAUCUCUGGCCCCGUACAAUUCAUCGAUCCAGAAAAUGAUGAGUUUCACGAAAUGUCAAAAGUUUAUAUGAAGCCCGGUAGCUACAAGGUGCCAAUAAAGCCUGCGGAUCCAAUAUCCCCCUUUGUACAAGGUGCUGCUCAAGACGUAGUAUACGAUAGCACUAUUGGUGAUGAUAUAGCUCUAAAAAUGAAAGUGCCGUUUCCACCAGUUACACUAGCACCGCAACCGAAGUACAAUCUUGAAUCAUGGCCCUGCUUGAUGUCCAGACGCACAGAUGAUAUCUUUGGAGAAGAUCAAAAGAUGUUGCCCCGUCAUGGCAUUCCCUGCUUAGACAUAAGAGCAGCAGAUUCCCUAGACCUUUUAAGUUCAAUGACAUCGGAUCGUGCUUGGGAAGCGGCUAAACAGUCCGCACCAAAACUAAUGGAUUUUAUUCAUGAAGGAUCCAAAUCUGACACAGCCAGAUUAUAUGACGCGUUGGGUCUAAGCGCUACAGAUGAAUUCUCUGAAGACUUGAAGCAAGUCAAACUCAGCAUGGAGCACAGCGACGCGUGGUCCACCGGGCUCACUAACCAUUUCAUGUCUAAAGAUCUUACAAGUGUAUGGAAUCAACAAACAGUCAAAAAUGAUUAUAUUCUUACAAAGAAUCAAGAUCAAUCGAUUUUUACUGAAGAUGCAACUAAGUUGCUUGAUUCUGACUCGAAAUCUGUUGAACCAGACGAUCCGUUAGAAGUUCCUGAUUGUAGGAACGACGAAGAGAAAAAGGAAAAUACCCGUUGUCCUAACUUUGAUCAAUCUGGCAACUAUGUGCGUGAUGAGAAUCAGAAGAAAUCUGGUGGCAAACCAAAGGUUGCCGUGUCGGGAAUGUGGUAUCACCCUAAAAAGAAGAAGCCUUUGCCUGCUAAUACAGUAAAGAAGUUUGAGACAAUACUUUCCAAUCUAUCUCAAAUUAAUGAAGCUGCUUUUAUUCAACACGACAUGGACAUAAAAGUGGCUCCUAGAUUCUAUGAAGUAGUAAAAUAUCCAAUGUGUCUCCAUGAUAUAUCGACUAAACUUAAGAACUCUUCCUACACUGAAUACGAUCAAGUCGUUCAAGAUUUUAGACGAAUUUUCAACAAUGUGCGACUUUACCUAAAGAGCUACCCAGAUCCGACAAUGAAGAAGAACGUCAACAAAAUUGCAAAUGACUUCGAGAAAAUGUUGAACGAAGAGUUUCAAGCUAAAUGGGAAGCGAAGUCAAAGUCCCAGGACGUGGUCGAACCUCAAGACAACGCUAACAAGAAGGAUGAGAAUGCUGCUGAUACCAACAGCACUGAAACCAAGACCGAGGACAAUAAAAAAAGCGAACCUAAAACGAGUGGAGAUGAUAAAAAGUGAAACGGCAAAAUGUAAAAUCAAUCUUUUGGAGACGCUCUGAUAAAAAUCUUCCUGUUUCUAGGAACACUUUCGCCACUUAAAUUUUUCGAGUAUUAUUUUUUUGUUUAAACUUUUUUUUUAUUUAUAUAUUUAUUUGCUUCAACGACGAGGUCGUCCUUAGAUGGUUACUCACGUAAAAUAUACGAUCAUUUGUUUAGUACGAUUCUGAAACCGGUCGAUACUAUGAAUAGGUUUAAAAUAAGCAACCUCUAGUCAAAUAGAAAAUUAUUUUUUAAACAAAUGUCAGUGACGUUAUCAGAACUUAUAAUACAUAAGAUUAUCAAUUUAAUAUGUAAGUGCUUGCCAGUUUUUUCGAAUGGACUUUAUUAGCUUCCAAA